CGCAUUCGAGCGGUGGAAAGUGAAAUGAAGAUGCAUCUAUUCGUAUCCUGCCUACUGUUGAUCAGUGUCGUGUUGCAUGGUGGGCUGGCGGCAAGUGCUUCCACGGUGGGGCUCUAUGCACCAGAUCGUUAUGAUGGCAUACCGGAAACAUGUCUUAUGCCCAUGGACUUUGGCUACUGUCGGGCCAAAGUGAAGCGCUACUAUUUCGAUAUGCGUCGCAUGAAGUGCGCCAUGUUCUACUUUGGCGGCUGUGCGGGCAACGUCAACAACUUCAAAACGUUGGAGGAAUGCAAUCGCGUAUGCCUGGACGGUUAUGGUGAUUAUGACAGCCCGAAUGAUGUGGUAGCCGUCACAAAGGCAAGCGGACGUGAUUACCGUGGACGCGGCAAUGUGAACAGCAACAGCAACAACAAUGCUGGCAGCUCUGGCAGCAGCACCAGCACUAGCACUAGCAAUCGUGGCGGCAGCAGCAGUGUUGGCAGCAUUAAGAAUAACACGUCCACAACCAGUUAUGGUGGAAGUACAAGCGCAGUGGAUGCUAGCUAUAAGAACAACUACAACAAAUACAACAGCAACACAUACAACACCAACAUUGGCAGCAAUGUAAAUGGCAAUAAUAGCGGCAUUAGCAGCAGCAGCAGUAGUGGCAGCGGUGGCAUCAGCGGCAGCAGCAGUGUGAACAAUAGCACAAAAAUCAUACGCAACCGCAGCGAUGACAAUCUCGAUGAAUAUGAUUAUGAGGAGAAUUAAAUAUGUAUUACCAUAUUCGCUUGUAUUCAUAAUGG